AUGGUUUUGUAGUUCGAUUGGGAUUUUUUCACCAAAACCGAAAAUGUUGAAUAUCUCAGAAACUAGCCACUUUCGAACCAGAGACUUCCGAGCUAAUUUAUAGGAAAUUAGUUGUAUUAUCACCUCCCGAGAGGAAUACGUCGAGUUACAAGUUACACAUUAUUCAUAAAAAUUAUAGAUGGAUAAUAUUUAUUUAGUAUUUAUACAUUUUGACUGUUUAUCCCAAAAACACGCUUAUCUCUUAUUUAUAUGUAGGUAAUAAAGUCCUUUAUUUUUUAGUGCCGCCCUUAGUCUGGCCCAGUUUAAGCUUUUUUCUUAGGUGUUUUUUUUUUGGCUUCACUUUAACUAAUGUUUGGUUUGCUUGUCCAUAUACGUCUGUGUUUCAAACAAAGAAAUAAAAUAAACUCAGUUGCUGCUUAAAAAAAUUGAGACAUCUUUUUGCCGAGUUUACACUUGUAAAUAAUUAAAGUUUCAUUAAAAUCAGUUCAGCAGUUUUUCAGAAAAUGGUAUCCGCUCAUUUUUAGAGCAGAUAGUAGGUAUAUAUUUUUAUACUAAAAAUUAAGGAUUAAAAUAAUAAAAAAAAAAAUAAGUCUUUUCCAAGUUCAGGAAUGUUUUUCGAGGGAAAAAAGGUCCGGAGAAGGGGAAAUUUGAAUUGAGACGUGGCCACAUGGGAAAAGGAAUUUAUUAAAGUGGAAACACUGCAAUGGGCAAAGCUUCCGUAUGGUUGCUUGACGAACUCCGCGAACUCAAUCAAAUGACGGAAAGAAAAAAAAUAUGAUAACAAACAUGGCGGCGGACCAUGGAGCGUCAUUGGUUUUAGAUUUUGUUUAUUAGGGCAACGUUGUUGUAAUAGAGGAUUUCAUGCCUUUGGAUGAUGUGGUCACAUACAAGAGGACGGAGCCUCAAUGUUAACGUGCGGAAAAGUGGUUACAGAAAGUGCCGAGGCGAAGGCGCUCGGCGGUAGGCGACUCGCCGGGUGAUAUGCAAGCGGCGCCGGCGCGCUACGUGUCAGUGAGCGAGCUUUACUCGACGGACGAAGUGGAGCUGCUGCUGGACGAGAUACGAGAGCUGGAGCCUACAAGCUGUCGCGGUGAAGACGUGCAGGACUUCGAGAUAGCGGGCAGCGGGUGCGGUGCGGGCGCGGGCGGGCGCUCGCCGGCCGGCACCGAGCUCACCGAGCGCAGCUGGGACUCGCACGCCCAGUACCGGCGCGCGCCGCCGCCGCGCCCGCGCGCGCUCGCGCCGCUGUACUGCCGCCUGCGCCACCUGCUGACGCCGCGCGUUAAUUGA